AUGUCACUCAACGACUGUUUGGUCAAAGGAACCAACCUUAAUCCUGAUCUGCUUCAAGUGUUCCUUCGUUUUCGAUGCUACCCGAUAGCCAUCAACGCCGAUAUCGAGAAAGCUUUCCUGCAGAUAGAAAUACAGGAACCGGACCGAGAUGCCUUUCGGUUUCUGUGGUUUGAGAACGUGCCCCGUGGUGUAAACGACAGCAUAGUCGAAUGGCGAAUGACACGUGUACCAUUUGGAUCGAUAUCAAGCCCUUUCCUGCUGAUGGCAACGAUACAUCACCACUUGGACAACGUUGGCGGAGAACAAAGAACAUUGGCCCGAACACUGAAGCAGAGUUUCUAUGUGGACGACUUGCUGAUAGGAGCCGACAGUUUUGACGAAGGCUUAGACGUGUACAACAAGAAGAACAACUUCAUCUUCGUGGACGUCUACAGAGAGCGCAACUCUCAGUUCAAGAAAAACAUCCACUGA